CGAACGAUAUCAUGUCAGCGUUAACGUGUUUCUGGUUCUUGUUUGUUUGUUACUUAGUGUGUAUCAAAUGCGCGAUAGUUUUCGACGAUACGUCAAUUGUGAACCCUAUUGGAAGUAUCGAUGGAGAUUCGAGAAAAAACUGGACGCUUUUCAGGCAAUCGUUAGAUUCGAAAGCUCCACAGACACAUCAUUGGAUUCGUUCAAUACAGCGUUCAAUGGAUAAGGAAGUUUUUAAACAAUUAGAAAAUACCGGUGAUGAUGGAAUUUUAGUUUCCUCCACGGACGCGUGUUCCAGGUACUGCAUUGAUAGAUACAACAAGAACGGAGUCAAUAAACAAUAUAUCAAUGUCUUCUGGACUGACAACAUAAACAUGUUAGAUCAACCUCGAUCCAAAGAUCAUUCGCAAUUGCUAUUAAAAACAGAAUUGACGGAUACACGAAAUUCGAAUAACAUCAAGAAAAACUGUCAGAUUUACCUUGACCUAAAUUGUAACAUCACUGAAACAGGAACUGCCUCGAAUUACGUAGACAGAGUGUUCCAACCAAACGUGGAAAAUAGCGAGAGAAAUAAAAGCGAUAGGAGCAUGGUUGUCGAUCCUGUUGGCAUAAAAAUAGCGGAAAAAUAUAAUUUGAACGGACAGACGCAAAUAAAUUUCCUAGUGAACAGUACAAUUCAUCGAAUCAUCGUAGACAUCGAUGGAAACGUUUCGAACGCAUUGCUUCAAAUACCCAUGGACGCAACAGUGUCGAGGGACGUAACGGCGAUAUCUUGGACGCAUAAGGGAGGUCCGAACGGAGUGAGAAUUGACACGCGAAAUGCGCCACCUGGCGAGUGGCGCAUGAGACUUGUAGGGGUAGAAGAUUCAAAAUAUCGCUUCGUCGUGCAGGGUAUCGUGGACGGAGAGAACGACGUGGACAAACUGUUUUCACCGGAUCUGCGAUCGAACGGAAACAUCAACAAUGAAGCGAAUAGACAUGAUCGAUCAAACAUUAAAAAUGAAGCAGAUAUGUCACGGGAUGAAAAGGAGACAUUUAAUGAUAAAAUAAUGCCGAUUAAUUCUGAUAUAACUGUGGCUGAACAACAAAAUUUGGAUGCUACAAGUAGUUACAAAUUAGUGGGAAAUAGAAAAAUAACACAAGAAAGAUCACUAAAAUAUGUUACUCAAGAUCGAGAUGAAAAUGAGCAAAUAAGGAAAGGAAUUUCAACAGAAUACGAUUUGUCGAUAAUUACUCCUAGUACUGAAAGCAUGUUGCUUAAUUUAUAUGAGUAUGUUACUAUCGUAGAUACUAAUAAAAAUUUAACUGUUACUUCGAAUUCUUCGAAUGAGAAAUUUGUUGAAAGAAUGAUUCCAAUAGAGGAAUGGGAUAAGUCUCAUAAAAAAUCUUCUAUUGGAGUAAUCGAUAACCUCGACGUUGAUAUCAGAACACCAAUACAAAAAAAUGUUGAUACAUCUAUGAGGAUGAUAGAAACUCGAGAUAAUCAUGAACUAUCCGAGGAAUUGGCAAACUAUGCUAAUGAAAAUAUUAUCGAGGAGAAAACAAUGCUUAUAGAGGUAAACAGAAAUAGCAAUCUGCUUGUUACACCAGGAACGAUACACAGAAUAGUAUUUGAUGUGAUGAACAGUUGUAUUUUACCUGUCAGAUAUGUAUUCAGAGUAAAGAGCACUCCUUUCAGAUUGUACAACAUUCAACCAGCCUACACAUGGAUAUAUCCCGGACAGAUGAGCAACGUAGCGGUAGAUCUGAUUGUACCUGAUAAUGUUGCACCGGAUACAGCUAAUACUGUCACGUUGUUUAUCUUGGGUACAGAAAUAAAAGAAAAAUCUGUAUAUCUAUACGUAAAAGGAUCACUUUCAAAGUUAACCGAUGAUGUAAAGCCAACUACUGAAUAUUCUUUCAAUAAUAACUGCGCUGGAAAAUUGGUGAAAGAUCAAUGCUAUAAAUCCCGUUGGAGCGUCGACAUUACAAUUCAAGAUUACGACUCAGGUUUGAAACGUGUGAUAUCGUCACUGAACAAUGUUUACCCACGUACGGAAUUUAUUAGUGGCACGAGAAGCCCUGUAACAUUCUAUUAUUCUGCUACGUGUUGUGAUAAGACAGUUAAAAUUACGGCAAUAGAUUUAUUAGAUAAUUACAGCACUAUAACAAUAGAUGUCACAGCAUGGAACAACUUAUCAGAAGCUGAGAUAGCAGCUAUUACAGUAGGAGCAUUGAUGGCUUUGUUAUUCAUUAUUGCGAUCACUGUCUUAAUUAUAUAUUGCAUUCGAAAAAGGAAAAGUCACGACUUGCCUUAUACACAACGAUAUGGAUCAAGACCACCUACGCAGUCAGAAAGGACUACUUUUUAAUUCUGUAUCAGUACUAAAAUAUAUAUCGCAGUAUGAUGUAGCUUGCAUUCAUUCUUGUUAUUAUAUAAGUUAAUAUUACAAACUAACAUUAGAUUUAAAAUACAUUUCUGUUAAUUAUAUCUACAAUAAUGUACAUAAGUUGUUGUUAAUAAAUGUUGAUAUUAUCUUA